AUGGAUUCGAAUAAUUGGAUGCCUAAUCAGGGUUCUGAACCCACUCUAGACUCCGUUGAUUGGAGAAUUCAACUGCAUCCUGAAUCCCGCCAAAGAAUUGUCAACAAAAUAAUGGACACAUUAAAAAAACAUCUUCCUGUAUCUGGGAAUGAGGGAUUACUUGAACUUCGGAAGAUUGCUCAAAGGUUUGAAGAUAAGAUUUAUGCUGCUGCCACAAGCCAGUCUGAUUAUCUCCGGAAGAUUUCGAUGAAAAUGCUUACUAUGGAGACCAAAACUCAAAGCACCAUUGCCAGCAAUAUGCCAUCAAGUGAAGGAGGUCCUAGCAAUAAUCCGCCCGAUCAAGGACUUGUUUUACAGUCUCAAGUUCUUAAUCCAGGACAACAACACCCUAAUCCUCGUCAACAGCUUCUACCCCAAACCAUUCAAAAUCAUGUUGCACCUCAAUCUAACCUGCCAUCGGUAUCGACUCUAUCCCAGACUCCCAGCCAGAAUAUUAGUCAAAAUUCCAACACACAACAACCUGGGCAAAAUUCUGCGAGUAAUUCUAUUGGCCAGAAUUCCAAUAUACAGGGUAUGUUUCCUGGUUCUCAGAGACAAAUGCAAGGUAGGCAGCAAGUUGUUCCCCCGCAGCAACAGCAACAGCAACAACCCCAGAAUCAACAGAUUCUUUACCAGCAGCAGCAACAGGUUAUGAAGCAUAAGCUGUCUCAGAUGCAGCAGCAACAACAACAGCAGAACCUUCUGCAACCAAAUCAGUUAAAUAACUCUCAACAAUCUGUUAUGCAAACAUCAUCUGCUAUGCAGCCUUCGACGAUGCAAUCGUCUCUAUCCAGUCUUCCACAAAAUCAGCAGUCUAACAAUGUUCAACAGUCAGCGCAGUCUAGGCUUCAGCAACAUUCCCAAAUUAUUAGGCAGCAACAGCAACAGAAUUCUAUUGCUCAACAGCAACAGAAUUCUAUUGCUCAACAGCAACAAACACCAAUGUCUCAACAGUCAAUCUUGCCUGCUCAGCAACAGCAGCAGUUUGGAGGGCCUCAAUCAAAUGUAACAAAUGGGCAACAUGCUCAGAUGCUUGGACAACAGAACAAUGUUGGUGACACACUUAAGUCCCAGAGGUUGCAUCCACAACAGAAUAAUCUCAUGAACCCGCAACAGCGACAACAACAACAGUUAAUAAAUCAGCAAAACAAUCUAACAAAUAUACAUCAACAACAGUCGGGAAAUAAUGUACCAGGGUUACAGCAACAGCAGUUUGGAACUGAUUCUGGCAACCAAGGCAUCCAAACAAGCCAUCAUUCUGCACACAUGUUGCAACAACCAAAGGUUUCAAUGCAACAACAAUUGCAACACAAUGGGUCAAAGUUGCUGCCAUCUCAGUCGCAGCAGUCCCAGCCACAGGCUUCACAACAGCAAUUAAUUUCACAGGUUCACAAUCAGCCUGCACAGAUGCAACAACAAAUGGGUUUGCAGCAGCAGCCAAGUUCUUUGCAACGAGAUAUGCAGCAAAAACUCCAAGCAUCAGGGUCUUUACAUCAACAGCAAAAUGUUCUUGAUCAGCAAAAACAGUUAUAUCAAUCCCAAAGAGCUCUUCCUGAAACAUCCACAACUUCUGUAGAUUCUACAAUACAGACUGCUCAACCAAGUGGGGGUGAUUGGCAAGAAGAACUAUACCAAAAGUUGCAAACCAUGAAAGAAAAUUACUUGCCAGAUCUGAAUGAAAUAUUCCAAAAAAUUGCUAUGAGAUUUCAGCAGUAUGACUCUAAUCCUCAACAGCCAAAGGCAGAUCAGAUGGACAAGUUAAGGCAAUAUAGAAUGAUGUUGGAACGCAUGAUAACAUUCCUACAGAUUCCUAAAAACCUCAUUACGCCUAGUAUCAAGGAAAAAUUGGGAGCAUAUGAAAAACAGAUUGUAAGUCUCAUAAAUUCAUUUAGGCCCAGGAAACCGUUGCAACCAGGGCAGCUCCCCCCAACUCAUAUGACUUCAAUGCCACAGUCACAAUCUCAAGUUACUUCAGUACAGUCUCAUGAAAAUCAAAUGAUCUCUCAGAUGCAGCCAUCAAACUUACAAGGUUCUGCAGCAACUAUACAGCAGAACAAUGCUGCAAGCUUGCAGCAUAAUUCUAUGUCUGGUUUGUCAACAACACAACAAAAUAUGUUGAAUACAAUUCAACCAAGUAAUAAUGCAGACGCUGGGCAAGGAAAUUCUGCGAACUCUCUGCCACAGGUUCCCUUGAGCUCCCUUCAACAAAACAAUGUUAGUACUCCUCAACAGACCAACAUCAAUUCAUUAUCAUCACAAGGUGGGGUGAAUGUGAUCCAAUCCAAUCUAAAUACCCAUCAGUCAGGUUCCACUAUGCUUCAGCCCCAACUGAAACAUCAGGAACAUCAGAUGCUGCAGAAUCAGCAGUACAAACAACAAUAUCAGCAGCAAGGACAAUUGAUGCAAAGGCAGCAGAUCCUACUGCAGCGACAGCAGCUACACCAGCCAGGGAAGCAACAGCUGUCAGUACAGUCUCAGAUUAACCAAAUGAACGAUAUAAAUGAUAUGAAAAUGCGACAAGGAAUAGGUGCUAAGCCAGGGGUAUAUCAGCAACAUAUUGCCUCAGGUCAAAACUCAGCCUAUUCCCAUCAACAGUCUAAACAAGGGAGUCCGUUUCAGGUUUCUUCACCCCAACUCUUUCAGGCUGCGUCUCCUCAAAUUCCACAACACUCAUCUCCCCAAGUUGACCAACAAACUCAACAACAGUCUCUAGCAAAAGUUGUAACUCCUCUGCAAUCUUCUAAUUCACCUUUCGGAGUCCCUACUCCUUCACCUCCCAUGGCUCCAUCUCCCAUGCUAGUAGAUUCUGAGAAGUUCGUUCCUGGUGUUUCAUCAUCAAGUGCUGCCAACAUUGGACAACAUAUAGGGGGUGCAGCAGCACCAGCUCAAUCCCUUGCCAUUGGGACUCCGGGAAUAUCAGCCUCUCCUUUAUUAGCAGAAUUCAGUGGUCCAGAUUGUGCAUAUUUUAAUGCUUUUGCAGCUACUUCUGGCAAGUCAACUGCAGAGCAACCUAUUGAUCGUCUAAUAAGAGCGGUGCAAUCAAUGUCAACUGAAACAUUAACUGCUGCUGUCAAUGAUAUCAGUUCAGUUGUCAGCAUGAGUGAUAGGAUAGCAGGAUCCGCUCCAGGUAAUGGAUCAAGAGCCGCUGUUGGCGAGGAUUUGGUUUCCAUGACUAAUUGUCGUCUUCAGGCUAGAAAUUUUAUCACUCAAGAUGGUACUAAUGGAAUCAGGAAGAUAAAGCGCUAUACCACUGCUAGACCGUUGAAUAUUAAGUCAUCUGCUGUGAGCAAGAAUGACAGUAUAAUGCAGUUAUCUGCUUCAGAGGCUUCUCAGCAGGAGUCAACUGCAACAACCAAUUUCAAGAAACCAAAGGCUGAGGCUACUCAUGCCCUUUUGGAAGAAAUACAGCAAAUUAAUCGCAGACUUAUUGACACAGUAGUAGAAAUAAGUGACAGAGAUGUUGAUCCAACUGCAGCUGCCAUUGCUGCUGCUGAAGGGACAGAAGGGACCGUUGUCAAAUGUUCUUUCAUUCCUGUGGCUCUCAGCCCAUCUUUAAAAUCUCAUUAUGCUUCACUACAGUACCCUAUUCAGCCUCUGCGCUUACUGGUUCCUUCAAAUUAUCCUAAUUCUUCUCCCAUAUUCCUAGACAGGUUUUCAGUUGAAUCACGUAACGGGAACGAAGAUCUUUCAGAGAAAGCGAAAUCAAAGUUUAGCAUGUCCUUACGUAAUUUUUCUCAACCAAUGUCUCUGAAAGAUAUAGUGAAGACUUGGGAUGUUUCUGCUCGUGGUGUUGUUUCUGAAUAUGCACAACAAUUUGGUGGAGGAACAUUCAGCUCAAAGUAUGGAUCAUGGAAAGAUAUCUUGACCGCAUAA